UCUGCAAACCAUGGAACUAAAAGCAAACAAUCCUCUCUCUGUAAAUAGCAUAUUUUAAGAUUCCUGACUAACUUAUCGACUCCAAUUUCAAGGUUUAUCCAAACAAAUAAUAUUUAUACACACACAAAUAUUCAGUACAUAUAUAUAUAUAUAUAUCUAUACACAUACAGAUAUUGAAGACAAGGAGUAAGGAGAAGGCAUUGAAUGCAUUUUGCAACUUCUUUGGACGCACGCAGUAUUUGCCUCCUCUUUCACUGCUACUUAUUUCUGUUCACUCCCUACAUUCGUCUAUUCUUAUUCUCUUUCUUCUUUCUCUAUAUAUCUUCUCAUUCGUACCUUUCUUUCUCUUCCAAUCUCCUCCCCUCCCCCCCUCUCUCACUCUAAGGAUAAAAGACCAUGAACCCAUCUCAGGAGCUUGUGGAACAGGGAAUAUCUCCACAGAAUUUGAAGAGGGUAUCUUGUACAACCGUGAUUACAUUGGCUUAUCAAAGUCUUGGAGUGGUUUAUGGAGAUCUUAGUACCUCUCCUCUAUAUGCUUACAAGACUACCUUCUCUGGGAAAUUGAGCCUCCACGAGGACGAUGAGGAAAUCUAUGGCGUUCUUUCUUUCAUCUUCUGGACAUUUACUCUCAUUGCUCUCUUCAAAUAUGUUUUCAUUGUUAUGUCAGCUGAUGAUAAUGGUGAAGGUGGUACCUUUGCUUUGUACUCCCUUCUGUGCAGACAUGCUGAAUUAAGCAUCCUACCAAAUCAGCAAGCUACAGAUGAGAAAUUAUCUACAUAUGCCACAGCAGGAUCCACAGAUACGCAUCAGAGUUCUGCUUUAAAGUCUUUCUUUGAGAAGCACCCAAGAUCGCGGAAAGGACUAUUAAUCUUUGUUCUGUUAGGCACCUGUAUGGCGAUUGGUGAUGGAGUACUAACCCCUACAAUAUCAGUUCUUUCAGCAGUUUCAGGAGUCAAAAUUAAGAUCCCAGAACUACAUGAGAAUUAUAUUGUUGUCAUCUCUUGCGUCAUUUUAGUCGGGCUUUUCUCACUCCAGCAUCAUGGAACGCAUAGAGUUGCUUUCAUGUUCGCUCCAAUUGUCACAGCAUGGCUUCUUUGUAUUAGCAGCAUCGGAAUAUACAACAUCAUCAAAUGGAAUCCACACGUAGUCCGUGCACUUUCUCCUGCUUACAUGUUGAAGUUCCUCAAAAGCACUGGGGUUGAAGGAUGGGUGUCGUUAGGAGGAGUGGUUCUCUCCAUCACAGGUGUCGAAACAAUGUUUGCUGAUCUGGGUCAUUUCUCUUCACUUUCAAUAAAGGUUGCCUUUACAUUUCUGGUAUAUCCAUGUUUAGUUCUGGCAUACAUGGGCGAGGCAGCUUUCCUCUCAAAGCACCAUGAAGACAUACAGAGGAGCUUCUAUAAAGCCAUACCGGAAGCAGUCUUUUGGCCAGUUUUCAUCGUGGCCACUUUUGCAGCUGUGGUUGGAAGCCAGGCUGUAAUAUCAGCUACGUUUUCAAUCAUAAGCCAAUGUUGUGCUCUAAAUUGUUUUCCCCGGGUAAAGAUUGUUCAUACCUCGAGCAAAAUAUAUGGGCAGAUAUACAUUCCAGAGGUCAACUGGAUGUUGAUGUGCCUAUGUUUGGCUGUAACAAUUGGAUUGAGAGACACCAACAUGAUGGGUCAUGCCUAUGGGCUGGCAGUCACUACUGUUAUGUUCGUGACAACUUGCUUGAUGGCACUGGUGAUGUUAAUUGUGUGGAAACAAAGACUAAUCAGUAUAGUUGCAUUUCUUGUGUUUUUUGGAUCAAUAGAAUUGCUUUACAUCUCAGCAUCCGUCUGCAAGGUACCAGAAGGAGGCUGGAUUCCCCUUGUGCUGUCUUUGAUUUUUAUGACUAUAAUGUACAUAUGGAACUACGGAACUACGAAGAAACAUGAAUUUGAUGUCGAGAACAAGGUUUCAAUGGACAGAAUAGUCUGUUUAGGGCCUAGUCUUGGAAUGGUUCGUGUCCCUGGAAUCGGACUUGUUUACACUGACCUGAUAACUGGAGUUCCAGCUGUUUUUGGACACUUUGUCACCAACUUGCCUGCAUUCCAUCAGGUGCUAAUUUUUGUCUGUGUUAAAUCUGUUCAAGUCCCCUUUGUCAGUGAAGAAGAACGGUUGCUGAUAAGCAGGGUAGGCCCGAAGGAGUAUGGCAUGUUCAGGUGCAUUGUGAGGUAUGGUUACAAGGAUCUGCAGCAGGAAAACUAUGAUUUUGAGAAUAAAUUGGUGAAUGGAAUAGUAGAAUUUGUCGAAAAAGAAGAAGAUAUUGCUUCCAAGACAACUGUUGAAUCUUGGGAGUUUGGAGACUUGAAGACAUUAACAGACUCCAAUCUUAAGGUGAUUGAGCAGUCUCUCCAUGAUACUGAAGUGAUCAAAUCCAGUAGUAGGAAUUCAAAGGAUUCUCCCAUUAAAGAUGAGUCUCAUCACAUACUGAAAGCCAAAGAAUCUGGUAUUGCUUAUAUUCUUGGGCAUUCUUAUGCAAAGGCACAGAAGUCAUCUUCCAUCUUCAAGAAAUUUGCUAUAGAUGUUGUAUAUGCUUUUCUGAGUACAAACUGUCGAGGCCCUGAUGUUGUCCUCAACGUUCCACAUACUUCUUUGCUCGAAGUUGGCAUGAUUUACAUCGUGUAACUUUCUGCUGAAACAGUCAUACAUGUUGCUGAACAGGAGACUUGCUUACGAGAAAGAUCUAACAGAGAGAAAGGGAGCAAUGCUGAGUAGUGACAUGCUGGAAAUGGAGAGUUUUCUGCAGUUUUUUGGAUUAGACUUUGUAUGUAGGCAUGGAAGAUGUUUUUACAUAGAUCUAAAGAGACAGUAGAACUAACAUUUUACUGUUAAGUUGUAAAUUCUGAUUCUUGUUAGGAUUUGUAUCUCCAAACACUUGUAUAUGGAAGUGGAAGCAUUCUUGCAGAAAGAAAUCUUCAACGA